UUAUAUGAACACGCAUAUAUAUAACAUAAGGAAAAAGAAACUUACAUGACUGCCACAAACUUUCUUUCUUGGACUUAUGGACAUAAGAAAUAAUAUUUCACUUUUUUCCUAUUACCAUGUCUCCUUAACAUACACCAAUGAGGAGCAGAACCCCAACGCCUCUCCUCUCCCCAAAUGGAAAGCCUCAAAAAUCUGUUUCUGAGUAUAACUGGAGUGAUGCAGGAACUGUUGCCAAGGUGAGGAAUGUCUCCACCAUCGGAGCUAUCAAACGGGCAGCCAAGAAAGUGGUAGGAGUCUUUGCUUUUAUUUUCACAGGACAGAGAAAGCUAAAGCCUAGAGAAUGUCGAUCUGAUCCUGGAGACUGCAGCAACCUUGAUAGAGAAUCUACAUUGUCAGGGUGGUCUGGUUAUUCUACACCAAGCUCUUAUGGAGGGUCAAAAGUUUCAGGUCAAUAUAGAUUUUCUGGUUCAAGAUUUAAAAGUCCUGGCAGAGACUCUUCUUCAAGCAAGAGUUGGCACCAUGGCCCAGUAAUGUUUUCUUUUGCCGAGCUUCAGAGAGCAACUGCGAAUUUUUCAACCGUUCAUCAGAUCGGAGAAGGCGGCUUUGGAACUGUUUUCAAAGGAAAGCUUGAUGAUGGAACCUUUGUUGCUAUCAAACGUGCAAGAAAGAACAACUAUGGAAGAAGCUGGUUGCGAGAGUUCAAGAAUGAGAUAUACACUUUGUCAAAGAUCGAGCAUAUGAAUUUAGUAAAGCUGUAUGGAUUCUUGGAACAUGAAGAUGAAAAGGUUAUAGUUGUGGAAUACGUUGGCAAUGGAAACCUAAGAGAACAUAUAGAUGGUUUACGAGGUAACCGCCUUGAAAUGGCAGAGCGUCUUGAGAUAGCUAUUGAUGUAGCUCAUGCUUUGACCUAUCUCCACACAUAUACAGAUACUCCAGUUAUACAUAGAGACAUUAAAGCAUCAAAUAUUCUCAUCACGGAGAAGCUAAGAGCCAAAGUGGCAGACUUUGGAUUUGCUCGUUUGGUUUCUGAAGAUCCAGGUGCUACUCAUGUAUCAACUCAGGUCAAAGGAUCUGCAGGCUAUGUUGAUCCUGAUUACCUCAGGACGUUUCAACUUUCAGACAAGAGUGAUGUUUACUCUUUUGGUGUUUUGCUUAUAGAGCUUGUCACUGGAAGACGUCCCAUUGAGUUAAAGAGACCACGCAAAGACCGCCUCACGGUUAAGUGGGCAUUGAGUAGACUCAAAGACGGUGAAACUGUUCUUGUAAUGGAUCCAUUGCUCAAGAGAAACCGAGCUGCAAUAGAAGUGGCUGAGAAGAUGUUGAGACUGGCUAGAGAAUGUGUUGGUCCAACGAGAGGUACACGCCCGGCUAUGAAAGAAUGUGUGGAGAAGCUGUGGGGUAUAAGGAGAGAUAUGAAAGAGACAAUUCUUGUUUCUUCCCCUUCUGUUUCUUCCUCUUCUUCAGCAACACAUAGCUUCAUUGGUCGUGAUUCGGACAGAUAUGCUUUACCGAAGAUUAUAGACGAUGAGAACAGCACGGAGUUACUCUCUCCUUGAUGACUCCAAUUUGUAAAAACAUAUCUUUUACUUACUCUGAAUAUAUACAUACACAUGAAGACUG